AUGUACAAUGAUGACUAUCACCUCAUAAGCUGCAAGUUACCACUUAUCACUGAUUUUAAUAUUAUCCAUAUGAAACGAUGUCCGUUGACCUUAUUGCGGAGUUUUUCGUGCAGCAGCCGUAGAUUACGGCAAGCCCCCCAGUUUGUCGGUUGCGAAAUCCCUAAUAAGGCAUUCUUCAAGAUACGCGGCCCAGAUUCAUGUAAGUUCUUAAAUGGCUUGGUGACUUGUAAGCUGCUACCUCAUUUUGUAAAGAAGAGUCUUACAACCAUUAAUCCUGAUGCGGAUUCAUCGAAAUUGGGCAACAAUGUAGGCCAGUUUGACAUGACCAAGAGCAAUUGGGGCAUCUAUAAAGAAGGCAAAAAUGCGAAUGGGCCAUAUAUUUCUCGUUUUGGUACGUACAGUGCCAUGCUGAAUAGUAAGGGGAGACUAGUUUCUGACGUAUUUCUAUAUCCAUGGCCAUUGACUCUAGAGCACGCUAGAAACACCAAGUAUCCAGAAUUUUUGCUUCAAUGUGACACAUCCGUUGCAGAAAAGAUAGAAAGUUUGUUCCAAUCACAUAUAUUGCUUCAGAAGGUCAAAUUCACGCGCGUCAAUGACCUUCGCGUCUGGAGUGUGUCCAUAGACAUGAGCCAUUACCCCGAAUGGAAUAGAGAUUUCUCCUUGCCGGACGAGUUCUGGAAAUCUAUGACUUCUACAAGAACACCAGAUGAGGCUUCGCAAUUUGCAAGUUGGUUCAUCGAUCAAUUUUUCCCUUCUAGCAGUGGGAAAAUACUUGGUGCGUAUUAUGAUAAAAGAAAUAUCCAAAAGUCUGCCUCUGCAUCAUUUUAUUUUAUCACAUCAAAUGAUGUCCUCGAUAUUGGUAGCCUCUUCGACCCGCAAAUGGUACAAUCACAGACCGUGAGGGCGAAAUCCACUCCUCGUGAACUUAAAAAGGAGAGAUUCUCAAGAGGCAUUCUGGAAGGCUCUGAUGAAAUCCCCCCUGAAACACUCAUUGCGCUGGAACUAAACUUUGACCUGCAUGACGAUGCCGUUAGCUUUGAUAAAGGUUGUUACGUAGGCCAAGAGCUUACAGCAAGGACAUAUGCCACAGGUGUUAUAAGAAAACGCUGCGUUCCCGUUUUACUCGAUAAACCACUCAGUUUCUCGCCAUCCGGGUUUCUGGAUGUAUAUGCGGAAAAUGAGUUAUCAGGAAGCGCCACUAAUUCCAGUCCUUUCGGCAGUGGGCGCAAACAGCCCAAGAAGAGACCCAUUGGGAAGCUGCUACGUACUAUCGACGAACAAGGUGUUGCAUUACUAAAGCUGGAAUACAUUGAAAACGCAAAUACAAAAGAGAAACCAUCUUGCUACGUUAAAGACCCAGAAUCGCUGGAAAAGGUCAAUAUGAGAAUUCACAAUAUCUUGUAA